GCCCCACUGUGAUCGGUGCAGCUGGCCUGGUCUCGUGACAUCGGUCAGAAAGUCACGAGUACGGGCUGAGCCUGCUGCUGCAGUGGCACUAUGGCCUCGGAGAGGGAUGUGCGCGCAAAGCUGCAGCGCGCGGGCCAGGAUCACCUCCUUCGCUUCUGGGCCGACCUGGCUCCGGAGCCCCGAGCGGCGCUGCUAGCUGAGCUCUCCUCACUGGAGGCCGACGCGCUGCGUGAGCACUGCCAGCGCGCCUCAGCCGCCGGCGCGCUAGCCUCGGGUCCUCUGCCGGACCUGGCGGCGCGCCUGCAGCCCCUGCCCCCAGAACGCUUGGGUAGCGCGAUCCGCUGCGACCAAGAGACACGCCUGCGGUGGGAAGAGGAAGGUUUCCGACAGAUUGCUCUGAACAAGGUAGCUGUCCUGCUGCUGGCCGGUGGGCAGGGCACUCGCCUGGGCGUCACCUACCCCAAGGGCAUGUAUCAAGUUGGUCUGCCCAGCCAGAAGACCCUGUACCAACUGCAAGCAGAGCGGAUCCGGCGUGUUCAACAGUUGGCUGGUCAGCGACUGGGGACCCACUGCACCGUGCCCUGGUACAUCAUGACCAGUGAGUUUACACUGGGACCCACAAUCAAGUUCUUCAAGGAGCACGACUUCUUUCACCUAGACCCCGCUAACGUGGUGCUGUUCGAACAGCGCAUGCUACCUGCUGUGACCUUUGAGGGCAAGGCCAUCCUGGAACGGAAAGACAAAGUUGCCAUGGCCCCAGACGGUAAUGGAGGCCUGUACUGUGCACUGGCUGACCACCAGAUCCUGGAGGACAUGGAGCAGCGGGGUGUGGAGUUUGUGCAUGUGUACUGUGUCGACAACAUCUUGGUGCGGUUGGCUGACCCAGCCUUCAUUGGCUUCUGUGUGCUUCAGGGAGCAGACUGUGGUGCGAAGGUCGUGGAGAAAGCGUACCCAGAAGAGCCAGUGGGUGUGGUGUGCCAGGUGGAUGGUGUCCCGCAGGUGGUGGAAUACAGCGAGAUCAGCCCUGAGAUUGCUAGGCAGCGUGGGGCUGAUGGUGGCUUGCUGUACAACGCAGGCAACAUCUGCAACCAUUUCUUUACCAGAGGCUUCCUGGAUAUGGUCACCAGGGAGUUUGAGCCCUUGCUGAAGCUGCAUGUGGCUGUGAAGAAGGUUCCGUACGUGGAUGAGGAGGGAAAUCUGGUAAAGCCGCUAAGACCGAAUGGGAUAAAGAUGGAGAAGUUUGUGUUUGAUGUGUUCCAGUUUGCUAAGAACUUUGUUGCCUUUGAAGUGUGUCGGGAGGAGGAGUUCUCCCCACUGAAGAAUGCUGACACAGCCGACAGGGACAAUCCCUCCACCUCCAGGCGAGCCUUACUAGCUCAGCACUACCGCUGGGCUCUCCAGGCUGGAGCCCACUUCCUGGAUGUACACGGGGUCCGGCUUCCGGAGCAGUCUGGCCUGCUCCCAAAUGGAGACCCUCCAGCCAUCUGUGAGAUAUCGCCCUUGGUGUCUUACUCUGGAGAGGGGUUGGAAAUGUACCUGCAAGGCCGCAAACUCCAGUCUCCAUUCACUCUGGACGAGGACCAAGCCAGGCUGCUGCAGCCACAGGAGUGCUAACCGCUUGCUCCCAGGCUCUGUAGGGUGGCGAUGCGACUCUGGGCGAGGUUCCAAGUGGAAAUGCUAGCCUGCAGGCAUUGUCUUGACACCGGGACAAGUGUGCUGGUUGAUUUCGAAAGGCUGGGACUUCUUGGGUCCCCCCAUGGAUUCUGGUUGUCUCUCUGUGUGUGGGUUUUGUUUGUUUUGUUUUUGCCUCCUUGCUGGCUCUAGGGCUUGGCUGAGAGGCAGGGGGUUGAGAACAUUGGGAAACAGGGCUAGAAGAGGUUCAGGGUAGAGGGAGGGAAGUGUUAUCUAGGAAGGCAGCAGGGGAGAUGCCCUUCUAGCAUCUCCCCCCACCCCUGCUACCCAGCACACAGGCCAACGCACAGGCUCAGCAGACAGUGAGCUGUGCCAUAGCGGGUGUAGUAAAAAGGCCUACCCUAGGCAGCAGAACCAUAACUGGAGGAAGGCUGAUCAUGUCGUACCACGUGCCACACAGGACCAAUAGAAGAAGCCAAUGGUUAGGACCAGGCUGGAGGACUCUGACCUGCACACCUGAGAUGAAAGUUGAAAUCUCCCUAGACCUCUUCACAACCCCAGUCUCCCAGUCACACUUGCCAGUGCGCCUGGCUGCUGUGUCCUAAGUAUUUUCCUCCCAGAACGAGAGAUCGCACUGGUUGCCUUCUGCAACUGAUUUUGACCCAGACAGGAGCACAGCUCAUCUUGGUAAGUUGCUUUUCCCAGAGCUUAGAGCCAAAGCUUUAGGAUGGAGAUGUAGCUUCUCUUUAAAGUGGCACUUGGCUCUGCCACCUGGCCUUGUUCUGUCACUGGCUGGACCUCCAUGGACUCACAGCUGUUCUCCCGUGCAGGAAAUGAUGACACUGGCCCUUCCCUGUAAAGUAAUAGCGGUCAGGACAGACAGCCUCUCUGCAGCCACCUACCUACCCCAGACAUGUGGGCUCCUGCUCACUCCCAUUAGCUUUCCCACAGGAGGUCAGAGGGAGGAGUGAAUUCAUUCACCUUUGGUGUGGAGCAGCGGACACAGAUCUGGGGAAGAUGGGAGGACCGGGCCUGCGGCUGCAAUGGUUGAACCAGCUUGUAGAAAUCA